UUUCUACUAUUGAGUUUCCUUCUUCAAUCGUCAAUAUGGAUGACUGCAUUGGGAUACGAAUCAGUAUGUUAUGGUGAUCUUGGAUGUUUCACUAACGAACCUCCAUGGGGCGAUACUCCACAGCGGCCACUGGAAAUCCUACCAGACGACCCUUCCAAAGUCAAAACCAACUUUUACUUGGAUACCAGACAACAAUACGACAGACAAAUUUACUAUAACGAUAUGUUGUCCAUCUCUUCGUCAACUUUCGACCCAAGUCGUUUUACCAGGUUUAUAGUACAUGGUUACGUCGAUAAUGGAGAUGUUGCAUGGUUGAGUGAGAUGUCUAACGCAUUUCUUGCUAAAGGCAACGAAAAUAUCAUUCGAGUUGGUUGGAUGGGAGCAUCUCUCCAGUUGAACUACGCAAGCAGCGCUGUAGAUACCCAGAUUGUAGGAGCCGAAAUUGGAAAUUUUAUCAAAAAUUUAAUUUCAGCAUUCGGAAUGUCACCGUCUCAGUUUCAUUGCGUCGGUCACAGUUUGGGAUCUCACACUUGCGGAUAUGCCGGGAACAGAGUCGCUAGGCUCGGAAGAAUUACAGGCCUCGAUCCAGCGGGCCCGUAUUUUGAAGGAACCCCCGCUGAAGUUCGGUUGGACGAGACAGAUGCCGACUUUGUUGAUGUAAUUCAUAGCGAUGCGGAAAAAAUCACGGAUAUGGGUCUUGGCACCGGUGAACAAUCAGGCCAUGUAGAUUUCUGGCCAAAUGCUGGAUACCAACAGCCCGGUUGCGAUCAGAAUGCUCUUUCCACAAUUAUUGGUAUCGACGGGAUUACAGAUGGAACGCGAGAUUUUGUUGCCUGUAAUCAUAUCAGAGCUGUGAAAUUCUUCACUGAAUCGAUCACGACAACAUGUCCUUUCAAGUCAUAUCCUUGUCUUAGUUAUAACGAGUUCUUAGCAGGAAAAUGUUUGGAUUGCGACUCUACGGGUUGUCCUCAGAUGGGAUAUCAUGCUGACAAAUAUGCUUCACAAGUAUACAAAGCCCAGACCUAUUUGUCUACCAAUGCCCUUCCACCGUUUUGUGAGUACAUGUCUGAUGUUGGAGUGAGACUCGGUUCCAACAGCAAAAGUAUAGAUGGAAGCUUGUACCUCACCUUGUACGGUGCCAACGGGAAUACUGAACAACAACAGAUUGGCGGAGCAGACACUGUUUACGAGCUUCGUCCGGGAGGAUAUCAUAGUUCACUCGUAUACUAUGAUUACAACCCGGGAACAAUCAAUUACGUCAAAUUGCUAUGGGAACAACAAGAAAUAAAUGUCGGAAGAGACUACAUCACCGUUGAUUACGUGACGGUGUGGGUGGGAGCUACCCAACAGCUGUUAUGCUUUGGGGGAGAUCCAACUGUUGAGAUGUCCGAGAAAACAAGAUACACUCUAUCUCCUAUAUCUUGUUAUUAAGAAAAGAAAAUCCGUUUAAAAAGUUCAAAUAAAUAAUUUAAUCCGAGUGUUCAAAUGAGUAAAUAAAAUUUUAUCAACCUCACUUAAUUUUAUUUUUCUAAUUCUAAGUAUAAUCUUGGAAUAUAUGGGAAAUCGUGCAAACGUGUUUGAUUUUAUACCGGAAUAUUUAAGUGUUGGAAAAGGAUAGUUACAAAUAAAAGCUAAAAAAAGGACAACCUAUAUUUGGCGCC